AUGAGCCGCGCGCUGAACUGGGACAUGGACGGGCUGCGGGCGGACGGCGGGGCCGCUGGGGCCGCCCCGGCCUCCUCGUCCUCGUCGGCGGCGGCCGCGCCGGGCCAGUGCCGCGGUUUUCUCUCCGCGCCGGUAUUCGCCGGGACGCAUUCGGGGCGGGCCGCGGCGGCGGCGGCAGCGGCAGCGGCAGCGGCGGCCGCGGCCUCAAGCUUCGCCUACCCGGGGACCUCGGAGCGCACGGGCUCCGCCUCGUCGUCGUCGUCUUCGGCCGCCGCGAUCGCCGCGCGCCCCGAGGCUACCCCGGCCAAAGAGUGUCCGGCGCCCGCGCCCGCGCCCGCCGCCGCUGCAGCGGCUCCCGGAGCCCCAGCACUGGGGUACGGCUACCACUUCGGCAACGGCUACUACAGCUGCCGAAUGUCGCACGGCGUGGGCUUGCAGCAGAACGCUCUCAAGUCGUCCCCCCACGCCUCUCUUGGAGGCUUCCCCGUGGAGAAGUACAUGGACGUGUCGGGCCUGGCGAGCGGCAGCGUGCCGACCAACGAGGUGCCCGCGCGAGCCAAAGAGGUGUCCUUCUACCAGGGCUACGCGAGUCCCUACCAGCACGUGCCCGGGUAUCUCGACAUGGUGUCCACCUUCGGCUCUGGCGAACCUCGGCACGAGGCGUACAUCUCCAUGGAAGGCUACCAGUCCUGGACGCUAGCCAACGGGUGGAACAGCCAGGUGUACUGUGCCAAGGACCAGCCGCAGGGGUCCCAUUUUUGGAAAUCGUCCUUUCCAGGAGAUGUGGCUUUAAAUCAGCCGGACAUGUGUGUCUACCGACGGGGACGGAAGAAAAGGGUACCCUACACCAAACUGCAGCUCAAAGAACUGGAGAACGAGUAUGCCAUUAACAAGUUCAUUAACAAGGACAAGCGGCGGCGGAUUUCAGCUGCCACGAACCUAUCCGAGAGACAAGUAACCAUUUGGUUUCAGAACCGAAGAGUGAAAGACAAGAAAAUUGUCUCCAAACUCAAAGAUACGGUCUCCUGAUGUGGGCCAGGGUGGCCACAGACAGUUUAAAUGCUUUCUCCAAAAGACCUUUGGAAAGACUUGAAAAUGUAUUUAAUUCCCCACUUCCCUGCCAAUGAUGGCAAAUGUUGUGAAUUUUUGUUCUCUCCUGACUCUUAUCUGGCUCAAAAACCUUUUACUGCCCACCCUGACUUUGUAGUUUUGUUUCUUACUUGCUUACUAUUGUUUUUGUUUUUUG